UUCAAACUCUUCAAACCCAAAACAUGGAGAAAACCACGAAAAUACCAGUUUGUAUUUAAUUGUGUGUUAUUGUGUUUUUUCAUUCGAAAUGGCAGACUCGGAUAACGAAGUUGAAAGAUUUGAAGUAACGGAAUAUGACUUACAAAAUGAAUUUUUCCCUGGAAUGAAACGUCGCAAAAUGACGAAAGAACAAACAAUGUUGGGUAUCUGGGCUGGAAGAGAUUCAGAUGAAGAUGACUACAGUGAGAGAAAGAGAAAUGAUAGCAUUCCUUUGCAGUUUGUGAGCGGUGGAGUUGUAAAAUCCAAAGAUAAAGAUGAAUUAGAGCAAGUAUUAAAACGUCAAGGAACUAAUCAAGAAAAAUCUAAAAAGUUGUUUAACGAUUCUUCAAUGUUGAGUGCUGCAACAUUUAAUCAAUCUGAUCAAGAUAGCAAGGUCUACACAAGGAAAAUGCAAAGAGGUGCAGGAAAAGAUUUUGCAUCAUGGGAGCAACACACCAAAGGAUUUGGUUCCAAAAUGCUAAAAAAGAUGGGAUAUGAACCAGGAAAAGGUUUAGGGAAAGAAGGCCAGGGAAUAUCAACACCAGUUGAAGCAUUUAAACGUGGUGGUCGAGGGGCUCUUAGUUAUUAUGGACCUGAAAAACACACGAAGAAACAAGAGCCUCAACUGGCUGAAGAUGAGAAAGAAGAAUUAGAGUUUCGUGAACAGCUUAAUCAAUGGAAAAAAUCCAGCAAUUUGAAAGGAAAACCGAAAUAUAUUUACAAAACUAUUGAUGAAGUCAAGGCUUCUGGAAAAUCUAAAAGACCCGGUAUAUCUUUAUCGACCAGUAAUGUGAAGGUUGUUGAUAUGACCGGUCGUGAAGCUAAAGUUUUGACUGGAUAUGGAUCAUUUGCUACUCAACAUGCAAAUCCUGAAGAGAUAACAUCAGUUAGCAAAAGUGAACGUGAUCGGGCAUUUUCACUUCCGGAAUUGGAAUACAACUUAAAUCUUUUGUUGGAUUUGAGUGAAACAGAAAUUAUUCAAGCUGAUAAACAGCUUCGUCACGAACGAGAUCUGAUAGUAAAUUUGAAACACGAAGAACGUCUUUCUCAUGAAAUUGAACAAGAAGAAAAUGACAUGAAACAACUCGUUGAUGUUUUGAAAAUCAUUGAGAGAUGUCGACAGCAGAGUACAGGUGCCUCUGAUAAUCUUUCCCUCCAAGAUUGUGAAGCUCUGUUCGUUAAAUUACAAAGUGAAUUUCUCGAUUUGUAUAAGAUGUACGAGCUGGUAAAAAUAGCAAUUCCUUUAGUCUUUCCAAAGAUUAAAGAACACUUUGAAAUGUGGAAUCCAUUGAAAAGCCCUGGUUAUGGCUUAGAAGUUGUAAAACGAUGGAAAAAGUUACUCGAAGGUGAUAAACCGAAAUCUUUCUGUUUAUCAUCUGGGCCUUCGUUAGAUCCAAACAGCAUGGACACCUAUGAAAGAUUAAUAUGGGAGAUUUGGAUGCCAAUCAUACGUACGAAUAUCAGUGUUUGGAACCCUCGGAACUGCAAUGGUCUUGUUGUUUUACUUGAAAAUUGGCUUCCUUUAUUACCAUCCUGGGUAUAUGAUAACAUACUUAAUCAAAUACUCUUACCUCGACUACAGGCUGCUGUGGAAGCUUGGAAUCCUUUGAUUGAUCCUCUUCCUAUUCAUUCAUGGAUCCAUCCAUGGCUACCGUUAAUGGGCGAUCGACUUGAAAUAUUGUAUGUUCCGAUUCGACAUAAACUGUCUGUGGCUUUAACAAACUGGCAUCCUUCUGAUCCGUCAGCAAAACUUAUUAUUGAACCCUGGAUUCAGGUUUUUUCAAAAGGUACUUUAGAUGCGUUUGUUCUUCGCUCAAUUUACCCUAAAUUAUCCCUGUGUUUGUCAGAGUUUGUCAUUAAUCCUCAUCAACAGCACCUUGAACCAUUUACAUGGGUGAUGUCCUGGAAAAAUAUUGUUCCUUUUCAACAUUUUGUGAGUUUAUUAGAAAAGCAUUUCUUUCCCAAAUGGCUGCAGGUUCUACGAAAUUGGUUGUACAACAAACCCAAUUAUGAUGAAAUCACAAAAUGGUAUAUGGGAUGGAAGUCGAUGUUUGACGAAGAGUUACUUAGUAAUGUUACAAUAAAAGCUCAAUUUAAUCGUGGCUUGGAUUUGAUGAAUCAAGCUGUCUCAACACCUGAAAGUCUUCAACAACCUGGUGCCAAAGAAAAUGUUGCCUAUUUAACUAACAAUGAAAGAAGACGUGAAGCAGAAGCGAAAUUAAGUGCUGGAAAAAUGAAAUAUCAGGCAGAACCUAAGAUAAACGUUACCGAGCAAAGCAUUCCCACAAAUUUCAGAGAUUUGUUAGAAAAAAUGUCAAAUGAAUACGACAUCUCAUUUCUUCCAAUCACUGGACGAAGACAUGAAGGAAAAGCUUUGUACACGUUUGGAAAACUCACAAUAUUUAUCGAACGCGGUGUCGUUUUUUAUCAAGCUCCAAAUGGUAGUUUUAAUCCUGUAUCAAUAACAACUCUUGUUAGUUUAGCGAAAUAAUUCUUUUAAAUGAUACAUUCAUUUAUAAAUAACUGAGGUGGGUUAUUGAAAGUUUAUAAACCGGAAAUACGCUUUUAUUACGAUUCGUUUCGUUGCUCAUGCAUUGAAAUGCAUUAAGUCAACCAAAUUACAUUACACUUAAGUCGUCAUCAUAAUUUAAGUUGUUAAUUUGUGGUUUGAUAUCGUCGUAUUUCGUUCUGAAAUUAUCAUUUAAGAACAGGCAUCAUCGUUCACGGUUCUUCAUUCGACCAUUUCAGGUAAAUGUGGAGAUUUUUUUUCUAUUUUUAAGAUUUUGCAAAUGACUUUGAUUUCUUAUGAGUUUCACAGUAAGUUGGUUCGAUAUUGUAUUAUUAUUGAUUCAUCAAAUACGAGAAGUUAAAAUGAUUGAUAUUGGCUUGAUAACCCUUAGAAGUAAAUAAAUGCUGUAUAAAUACCGAUGAUAUUGUUAUAAAAUACGUAUAAAAAUCGAGCUUGGCUUCACGAGAGACACAAAAUUUAACAAAAACAAUCAACGAAGUAUACUGCUUUUCGUGUAUGAUAAAAUUUGUCAUAAUCACUUAUUGUGAUUUGUUGUAGUUAAUUUGGUUUUCAUAAAAAUCCGACAGAUUAAAACAGAAAUUAUAA